AUGUCUAGCGACAAGGUUCCGAAGCUCCUCCCUUUCUUCUCCACCAAGGUAUACUCCGGUUACUCUGACACCGGUAAAGGAUUCUACAAGGUUUAUUCCGAUGUGUUCAACAAUGUUUACCUCCACGAGGUUAACUUCGCGAGGAAGUUAGGGUUAGAAAUGGAGGCUCCUCCAGACAUGGGGAGUCUAGAGAGUCCGUACGCUCAGGUGAAGGAGUUUUAUAGUCACUGGUUAGGGUUUAGCACUGUUAUGGAUUUCUGCUGGGUGGAUGAACAUGAUGUGAUGGCUGAAUCUGAUGGUUGGAUAAGGAGGAAGAUAAAGAAGGAGAAUAACAAGGCGAGGAAGAAUGCGAAGAGAGUGUAUAACGAAAAUGUGAGAGACUUGGCUGCUUUUGUGAAGAAGAUAGACAAGAGAGUGGAGGAUAUGAUGGCGAAGAGGAGAGUGGAGGUGGAGGUGAAGGAGGCUGAGGAGAGGGAGAGGGAGAGAGAGAGGAAGGAGAAGAUGGAUAAGGAGAGGUUGGAGAGGUUGGAGAGAGCUAUGAAAUACAAGGAACCUGAUUGGGCAAAGGCUAAGGCAGGAAGGUUCAGUGUAGUGGAAGAGGAUGAUGGUGAUGAUGAUGAUGAUGGUAUGGUGUUCUAUUGUAUUGUUUGUAGCAAGAAUUUCAAAAGUGAGAAGCAGUGGAAGAACCAUGAGCAGUCUAAGAAGCACAAAGAGAUAGUGGCAGAGUUGAGAGUUGUGGCACCUGAAACUGUAGAGCAGCUCUAUGGUAAGAUUCAGGAAGGGUUUAAUAUCGACGAAGAAGCCGAAGUAGAGGAUGUUGAGGAGGAGGAAGUUGUAAGAGAAGCUGAUGAGACUGAUGAUGAGUAUGUUAUGACAGAGGAGAAUGUGAAAGGGUCUAGUGAAAGUGAGGAUGAUGAUGAAGAGAUGAGUCUACUCAAGAAGAUGGUAUCUGAGCAGAAAACUAAGCUAAAGAAUGUUGUGUCAAGAAAAGAAGAUGAAGUUGUAGUUGAGAAGGAGAGAACUAAACAGAAUGCUGGAGAUGCCAACAUAGUAGAGUUAAACACUGAUGACAUUGUGAAGGAUGAGGCAGCUCCAAUGGAGUAUGAUAACAGGAAGAGCACAGGGAGGAGACGCAGAAGCAAGAAGGGUAAGGACAAGAACAACCGUGGAGAGUUAAUGGAGAAGAUCAGUGAUGCUGAUGAUACUCAAGAUAGAAAUGAAGACAUGGAAGAAUCUCAUGCAGUAACGUUUGAGAAUCCAAGUGAGUAUAUAGAACACAAGAAGGCUCCCAGAUCAAAGAAAUCAACAAGAGGAAUGAAGUCCAAGGGCACAUCGAAGAAAGCUAGUAAAAAUGAAUGUGGUAGAUGUGGAGAGGAGUUUGAGUCAAGGUUGGUCCAUUAA